UUUUUGGCAAAUUUUUGUUAAUCAAAAUAACAGUUAUGAGUUGUAGUGGCAGUUAUUGGGACGUAGGAUGUCAACCAAUACCUUUUUCAUGCAAUGACAAUUCCUUACAUGAAUGGAAAAUGAAUCUUCAUAAACCUUAUCAUUAUAUGAAUCCAACAAAACCGCAAGAACAAAACAUGUAUCUAUUGCCGGAAUGCGUAUUUUCUGGAUGUAAUGAAGAAGAAAUGGAAAAAUACAAAAUAAAACAAAUGAAACCACCUUGCGCACAUCAAGGAUGUGUUGCGGGUGAGCAACAACAAUACGUUCUGUUCGGCAACCCAGGUGAUCCAAAUAGUUAUGUACAGGGAGCACAUUAUUUAACAAAUACAUUAAAUAAGUGCCGACCCUGUUAUAAGCAGCGUCCCAAUAAUUAUUGCCAAAAUAACCCAUAUCAAAAUUUCGGAUCAAAAUUUAAAAAAAAUAAAUGUCGUUUAACCAAAAAAUGUUUACAUGAUAUUGAAAAAUUAUAUCUUUCAGUAAAUGGUAUAUAUCCAUUCGACGAAUUGCCCACAUAUACUGCAAUAAAUAAUUUUCCACUCAUGAAGUAUGAACCUGAUGAUAAUUGGAAAUUUGAGAAAUAUAAAACCUCUGAAGAUGGAUUGAGCUUAACCAGAAUGAUGUUAAGAUAACCAAACACGUCGCGAUCCGUUGGUUGAGUUGAAUAUGGUUAAUUAGGGUAGUAAAUAUUGAAUUAUCAGAGAAUUACUCAAGAUUUGGCAUCGACUUCAUAAAUAAAUAAAUUAAGCUGUCCUUUUUGUAAUAUUAUAAUUUUGUCGCCAAAAAAAAACUAGCAUAAACUAACAAGUGACUUAUGAGCUCACAACUUUAUAACUAUUUGAAAACCAUUUCUCUAAAAAUAGUAUAAUAGAACAUCUUCAAUGGAUCGUUUUAGAGUAUUUUGUCUUUUGAAGAAUCGACAUUUUACUGGUAUUAAUAACAACUUUUCAUAAUAGUACAUUGGUAUAUAUUUUAAAAAUAAAGAAUAUUAAAAUUCUAUACGAAAAACUUAAUGAUUCCAAAGAUUACAAUUUCUAAACAUGAUUAGAAACAUGAUAACUAAAGAUUAUAAAAUUGAUUAAUAGAAUAUUUAUCAUAUAUAAACAUAUCAUAAUACAACUAUUCUUUACUAAUUUAUGUAAAGAAUGUGUUCUUUUAAAAAAUUUUUUGAAAAUAAAAAACUUUACUGCACUCACAUAUACUAGAGAUUCUUAUGAUAAGUCUGAUUAAAAUUUAUCGAUUGGAAGUGAUAAAAACGAAGAUAUAGAAAGUAUCGAAAGAAUGGAAUUUGAGUUUAGUUCACAUUACCAUUGUACCAGUAUU